AUGGCCUAUCUUUGGCCGGCACCCCCACCGAAGCAAUUUGUUUUGUGCUUUGAUGGGACAGGAAAUAGGUUUUCUGGUGACACGUCAGAUACUAAUGUACUCAAAAUAUACCGGAUGCUUGACCGAACAAAAAGCCAUCAAUUUCAUUACUAUCAACCAGGAAUUGGGACCUAUGUAUCGUCGAAUUCACUUUCCUCUAUUGGUCGGAUCCAGCGCAUCCGGUCGGCCUAUCUGAAGAUGAAGGAUGCAGCAAUAGGGUCUUCGUUUGACGAACAUGUUCUGGGAGGCUACAAAUUCCUCAUGCGUUACUAUACGCCUGGGGACGAUAUAUACAUGUUCGGAUUCAGUCGAGGUUCAUAUACCGCUCGCUUCCUCGCAGAAAUGCUUGAUUUCAUUGGCCUCCUUGAGGCUGGAAAUGAGGAGUUGAUUCGUUUCGCAUGGAAAACCUUUGCAAAGUGGCAGCGGCGAAGCAGUGAAACGGAGGAAGACCAGCGAGAGAGAAAAAAACUUUUCAAAUAUAUGCUCGCAUUUCGAGAGACGUUCAGUCGCCCAAUUAAGCAAAUUAGGUUCAUGGGUCUUUUCGACACGGUGAACAGCGUACCUGCAUUUGAGAACCCCUGGAUGCGGAGGAGUCGAUUUCCAUAUACUGCCCGAAGUUCCGCACAUAUCAUUCGCCAUGCCGUUUCAAUAGACGAACGUAGGGCGAAGUUUCGGCAAGAUCUGAUUUCUGGGAUGACUCCAUGGAACCCAACGUCUCACAAUCACCCUACACAUCACUGGCAUCCGCAUAUUCAUAACGAAGAAACCCCUGAAAUUGUUGUCAAUGAUGCCGGAUGUGAGCAUAAGGAAGCCCAUGAUAGCCAGCCACAUGUGGCAGAGAAAAUGAUUAAAAACCGAGUGUAUCGCCUUCCAGAUAGCCAGGGACAGAACAUAUAUCGGGUGACUCCUAGCCAACACAUUGGAUUAACUAACCCGGGGCAGACAGCAUCGAGAGAGGAUGUCGCCUCAAUCAAAAGUGAUCAAUCCGGCUUUUCUCUCCGGGUUCGAAGACUGCUCAUUUCGGAUGAAACAGAGGGUGCUCAGGAUAUUAAAGAGGUUUGGUUCGCUGGUCAGCAUGGAGACGUUGGGGGUGGCUGGAAACUGGAUCCGAAUGAUGAGUGGCCUCUCAGCCAUAUUCCUCUCGUUUGGAUGGUUCAAGAAGCAAAACUGGCAGGUCUUCGUUUCGACUCAAUGAAGCUUAAACAAUUUGAGUGCCAUGAUGAACCUGUACGUUCAUUUUCCGGAUUUGAACCAAACUUCAAUAGCAAGUGUACUCGAGACAAUGAUUUUGAAAAGCAUGGCUCUAUUCCCUCCACUAGCACAUUUCAUAAAGCCCUUAAGCACGCUGGGGACAAGGGUAUAGUGCAUGACUGCCUCAGAUUCGGCGGCGGCUUACCAUCGAUUUCGACAAUGAGCUGGUGGAUUAUGGAAUAUUUGCCAUUCCGAAGAAUGGACUUACAACCAGACGGAUCCUGGAAACCCAUAAACUGGCCGCUUCCUUAUGGAGAAGUUCGUGAUAUCCCCAACAAUGCAGAGAUUCACGUCUCGGCAAUUCGUCGAAUGCAGGCUGACUCAAGUUAUCGUCCCGGAAAUCUUAUCAUUGGGGGCGGAGGUCGGGGAGUCAAAAGAGCUCCAGAAAAGUAUGGAAUUGGCGAAUGGAUCAUUUCAAGUAACGAAGGAGAUCCGGUGAGGGAGACCUAUGUGCGCAAAGGCGAGGCGCAAAUACGUUCGGAAGCUUGAUUAAUUAUUUUCUGGCUAGCAUGAUUGUUAUGGUCAUAUUUUGCGUGAGAUUGUCAUAUCUGUGGUUCGUGUAAUGCAAAUAUCUGGUCAUAAUGACGAGUUCAAUAGUAUGUUUUCGCGGCGGUCAAUUUGUAAUGUCGAAAACUGUUUUCCCUGAAUGU